GUCAUCUUUCUGUGGUUAUUGACCUGUUACUGACUUGUUUUUGCAUUCAAAGGAUAUAACAAGCAAACAAGAGAUUCAUCUGCACAAUUUCUUGCUCUAUACUUUUAGCUGAUCUGCACAAUUUCUUCUUCUAUUCCAUUCACCCUCCUCUUCACUGUACUGUAACAUGUUGAAAUUGAUGGCUUCAUGGAUCACUCCAUUCUUCUUUCUGCUCUCACUCUUUCCUCUUACUGUAUUCUCUCUCCAUCCUGACCUCAUAAAGAGAUUACCGGGCCAACCCCCCAACCCUUCUUUCAAUCAGUAUUCGGGUUACAUUGUCACAGAUACUCACCAUGGUAGAGCCCUCUUCUACUAUUUUGUCGAGGCCGACACCCAUCACAGGGCCUCUCGACCAUUAACACUCUGGCUCAAUGGAGGCCCUGGAUGUUCAUCUCUUGGAAUUGGAGCACUCAUGGAACAUGGCCCCUAUCUUGUUCAUGAUAAUUCUAGCUUGGUUAACAACAAAUAUUCAUGGAAUUUGGCGUCUAAUAUGCUAUAUGUGGAGAGCCCAAUUGGAGUUGGGUUUUCUUAUUCAAAUACAAGCUCUGAUUAUAUCAAUUGGAAUGACACUAAAACUGCCGAGGACAACCUGAGAUUCCUCAUAAACUGGUUUGAGAAGUUUCCAGCCUACAGAGGCUCUGAUCUUUACUUGACAGGGGAGAGCUAUGCAGGGCACUACAUACCACAGCUUGCAGCGCUCUUGAUGGCCUACAACAAGAAACACACGACAGGAGCCAUCAAGCUCAAGGCCAUUGCUCUUGGUAAUCCAUUUGUGGACAUGGAUAUAAGUGUGAACAGUGGGGAGUACUUGUGGGCACAUGGACUCAUCUCCGAUCAGACAUUCGAGCUCGAGAAGACACUAUGCAAUGAUUCGAGUUACAUGAGGGCCUUUUAUCGUGGAGAAUAUUCAGAGCCCUGCAUCUACACAUUCAAGAUGGUGGCUGAGGAGAUGGGGGUCAAUGUAGAUGAAGGAGACAUCCUCUUGCCUAAGUGCCUAACUUCAGUGCCUUCAAUGCAAGCAGUUUCCAGGGGACUUAAUGGAAAGAUUCAUGCAAAGAUCUCUUUGAGUAGAAUGGGUAGUGGUGAUUUGUGCAGCUGGGAGAGAAUAUUCAAGUACCUGAACAGGGCAGAUGUUCAGAGGGCAUUUCAUGCCAAUGCCACUGGGCUGCCUUAUAAUUGGGACAGUUGUUCUGGGCCUCUGGUAUACCAAGAUGACAAUUCUGAGAUCGACAUUAGACCACUUAUACUUAGCCUUCUUAAGGAGGAUAUACCCAUCUUUCUGUACAGUGGGGACCAAGAUUCAAAGAUCCCCUUGACCCAAACAAGGAUCAUUGCCAAUCAACUGGCCAAAAGAUUAAAGCUUUCCCCCAUAACCAAGUAUGCUCCUUGGUAUGAUAAGAAACAGGUUGGAGGAUGGGUUCAAGCAUUUGGGAGAGGGAACCGCACUCUCCUGACGUUUGCAACGGUGAGGGGUGCAGCACACGAGGUCCCAUUCACUUCCCCAUCUCAAGCUCUCACCUUAUUUCGAGCUUUCAUCACCGGAUCACCUCUGCCCACUUCAUAGCCAUCAUUUUACAGCCUUUUCUCUCAGUUUUCCAUGAAUGAAACUACCUUCAACAAGUAAAGGAAGAUAAACCUCCUUUUCAACAUUCCCACGAUCGUGUUCUUUUCCUAAUACGUCUUAGAGGACAGUUAGCUUUGGGCUGCUUGUUAUACCUAUGGAUGGUUUUCUCUAGGAUUGAAUACGUGAUUUUUAAUUCAAGGGUCAAUCGCCUCAUGAAGUAGUUAGGGUGUCAAAUGAUUCGGUGUGCACUGGUUAUUUUUUUAUUUUCUUUUUAAUCGGGUGUUUCUUCGAAAAGUAUAUAUCAAGAGAUAUGUUAAAACA